AUGGCUAGAAAGCGACGUCGUGGUUCCUCCGAUGCAGCAAAUAACUCAUUGUUCCUCCCCAUGGAACUGAUCACCGAAAUCCUAUCUAUGCUUAACGUAAAAGCCAUCGUGCGAUUCAAAUGUGUGAGCAAGUCAUGGAACACUCUGACAUCCGAUUCAAACUUUGUCGAUAAACAUCUUAAGGCAUCAUCACGAAACCCACACCUCACUAUAUGUUGGCAUAUAAGGGUGAAUUCUAAGAAGAAUGUGGUACCCAUCCCCGUGCAUCGUUUACUCAAAAAGCUAUCCGCCACCAUUUCCAGUGAUGACUUCCAUCGUAUGGAGAACCCUUCCAGGUUGGUUGGUUCAUGUAAUGGAUUGCUCUGUUUUCUUUCUUGGAAACCUGGAGAACAACCUUUCAAGUAUUUGCUCCAUGUCUCCAACCCUGCCACCAGAACAAUAUCUCAAAUAUUUGAGUUCAUAUAUGGCAACGAUUUUCGUUUCACAUUUGGUUAUGAUGCUUCAACCACAACUUAUAAGAUUGUAGCUUUUCGUACUAAAGAAAAUAGCAACGAGGUUAAAGUUUUCAAUCUAGGUGGUAAUAAUUGUUGGAGAAAUAUUCAGAAUUUUCCUAUUGUUCCUCGUAAUAGGUGGGAUUUGGAUCGUUGUUAUAAGUUCCCCAUCUUUAAUUACGGUGUGCAUCUCAAUGGCACCAUUAAUUGGUUGGCUCCCGACAAGUCUAUGAUCACUAUUGUCAUUGUUUCGCUGGACCUUUCCACGGAGACAUACAAACAGUUUCGGCUGCCAUCUCUCGGUUUUUAUCAUGUGCCAAUUUCUAAGCCGGAUCUUAGGGUUCUAAUGGACUCUCUUUGUUUUUGUCAUGAUUCCAACAGAACUCAUGAAUUUAUUUUAUGGAAGAUGAAUGAGUAUGGAGUUCGAGAGUCUUGGACUCAAUUAUUUAAGAUCAGUUACCAAAAUCUUGCAAUGCAACUUCCGAUGAAGCUUCCGAUGCAUAACAUUGAUUAUGGAUAA